UACACUUCCCAUGCAUGGAAGUGUAGGCUGUUGUAUGUCAAUAAAGCAGCUAACGCUAGUACGCUAAAGUAAUGCAUUUAGUGGAUUAGGAUGUUGAGACAGGCAUGGCGUUGGUCGGCGUUUAGAGACACUCGUGCGGGGACCGCACGCUUCGUGGCUGCGUCCUUUCUGGCAGCUGACGGUCCGCGGCGGAGCUCAGCUGGUCCCACGAGGGGUUUCGGAAACAUUCCCCAUCCACUGAGAGGCAGGUCACAGCUGCUCCUCCAACCACAGUCGGUGUCGGCCAUCUACCUCAGUCCGUCUGUGUUCCUGAGCAUGGCAUCAGGGAGUAGCCAUCCACCGUCCACGCAUCCCAAACACACAAACAGGUUGGCCAAUGAGCGGUCGCCAUACCUGUUACAACAUGCACACAACCCCGUCGACUGGUAUCCAUGGGGACAUGAGGCGUUUGAAAAGGCAAAAAGGGAAGACAAACCCAUCUUCUUAUCAGUGGGCUAUUCAACGUGCCAUUGGUGUCACGUUAUGGAGAGAGAGUCUUUCAAAGAUGAGGAGAUUGGACAAAUCCUCAGUGACAACUUUGUCUGCAUCAAACUGGACAGAGAAGAGAGACCCGACGUGGACAAGGUCUACAUGACCUUUGUGCAGGCAACAAGUGGUGGUGGAGGCUGGCCCAUGAGUGUGUGGUUAACUCCCGACCUUCGACCUUUUAUCGGAGGUACUUACUUCCCCCCGAGGGACCAAGGAAGAAGACCAGGCUUCAAGACAGUCCUGAUAAGAAUCAUUGAACAGUGGCAGAACAACCGAGCGACUUUAGAGUCCAGUGGUGAGAGGAUCAUCGACGCUCUAAAGAAAGGCACAACCAUCACUGCGAACCCAGGAGAAAGCCCUCCCUUAGCCCCAGACGUUGCUAAUCGCUGCUUCCAGCAGCUGGCCCACUCCUAUGAGGAAGAGUACGGAGGCUUUAAGGAUGCUCCAAAGUUCCCCACACCAGUGAAUCUGAUGUUCCUCAUGUCUUAUUGGUCCGUGAAUUGCUCCACCUCAGAGGGGGUCGAGGCACUCCAGAUGGCCUUGCACACACUCCGAAUGAUGGCACUGGGAGGCAUCCACGACCACAUUGCACAGGGUUUUCAUCGUUACUCCACCGACUCUUCGUGGCACGUUCCUCACUUUGAGAAGAUGCUGUAUGACCAGGCUCAGCUGGCUGUGGCUUACAUAACCGCUUUUCAGGUAUCAGGUGAGCAGUUCUACGCAGACGUGGCUAAGGACAUACUGCUGUACGUCUCCAGGGACCUGAGUGACGAGUCUGGGGGCUUUUACAGUGCAGAAGAUGCCGACUCCGUCCCAGCAUCAGGGGGGCCGGAGAAGCGAGAGGGAGCCUUCUGUGUGUGGACAGCCUCAGAAGUGCGGGAGCACCUGCCUGAUGUGGUAGAGGGCGCGGUCGGAGCCACCACGCUCGCAGACGUCUUUAUGCACCACUUCGGAGUCAAGGAGCAAGGCAACGUUGCAGCUGAGCAGGAUCCACACGGGGAGCUGCAGGGGAAAAAUGUGCUGAUCAUCCGUUAUUCAGCGGAGCUAACAGCUGCUCACUUUGGCAUCACCAUUGAGAAAUUCAACGAAGUCAUGACCACAGCCAGAGGCAGAAUGGCAGAAGUGAGGCAGAUUCGCCCGCGACCCCACCUGGACACCAAGAUACUGGCUUCCUGGAAUGGCCUGAUGCUGUCCGCCUUCGCUCGGGUUGGAGCCGUGCUGGGGAACGAGGUGCUGCUGGAGAGAGCGGUGCAAGCGGGAAACUUCCUAAAGGCGCACCUGUGGGACCCCGAUCAGCAGAACAUGUUCCGAUCUUGUUACCGCGGAGACCAGAUGGAGGUGCAACAGAUAUCCCCUCCUAUCUGCGGCUUCCUGGACGACUACGCCUUCGUCGUUAGUGGCCUGCUGGACCUGUACGAGGCCACGUUCCAGACGGAGUGGCUGCGGUGGGCCGAGGAGCUGCAGGCCAGGCAGGACGCGCUGUUCUGGGACAACCAGGGCGGAGGUUACUUCUGCAGCGAGCCCAGCGACGCCGCGGUUCUGCUGCGACUGAAGGAGGAUCAGGAUGGAGCAGAGCCCAGCGCCAACUCCGUCUCAGCUUCCAAUCUGCUGCGACUGUCCCACUACACCGGAAGACAAGAGUGGCUCCAGAAGUCCCAGCAGCUGCUGGCAGCAUUCUCCAAUCGGCUGACCAGUAUUCCCGUAGCUCUGCCUGAGAUGGUCCGGGCUCUCAUGGCCCAGCACUACACACUUAAACAGAUUGUGAUCUGCGGUCAGAGGGAAGCUUCGGACACCGCGGGGCUUCUUGCAGCAGUCAAUUCCCUCUUUUUACCGUUUAAGGUUGUGAUGCACACCGAUGGGAAUCCAGAAAGCUUCCUGUGCCAACGUCUGCCAGCGCUGUCCUCCAUGACCCAGCUGGACGGCGCCGCCACGGCCUACGUCUGCCAGGAUCUCACCUGCUCUCUGCCUGUCACCGAGCCCCAGGAACUGCGGCAGCUGCUCCUGGUCGGAGCCACGGCGCAGGCGGGCCCAUGACUAUGGGAAGGACGAGACUGCAUCCUGCAGAAUCUGCUGCUUCCUGACUUUCCCCUCAGUGAAUACCAAAGCUUUAGAAAGUUCUGGUGCAGUGCCUUGCAGACGUAACGAAAUAAAUUCCUCUUCCUGGUUUUCUUCCAGAA